AUGCAGAAGAAGGAGGACCCUGAUAUUUUAUUUCUUUUUGAAACUCGAAUGAAUAAAAAUAAGGUGGAGAAGCUCAGGUAUAUCCUUAACAUGCCCAACUUAGUGUUCAAGGCAUAUGAAGGGAAGAGUGAGGGUUUGGCUCUGUUGUGGAAGAGAGAUGUUAACCUAGCCCUGCGGUGGAUGGGGCGAAUGCAUAUCGAUGCUACUAUUACUGAGGCAGAUGGCUUUAAAUGGAGGCUCACGGGCAUUUACGGGCAAGCAAAGACGGAGUUGAAGGAAGAGACAUGGAAGCUGUUACGCACACUUCACCUCCAAGAGAAGAUGCCAUGGGUCUGUAUGGGGGACUUUAACGAGAUCCUGUACAACUUCGAGAAGCAAGGCGGGGUGCCUAGAACCCAGGCCUACAUGGACCAUUUUCAUUCUGCUUUAAACUUCUGUAAUUUGAAUGACCUCGGUUUCGAGGGUGACAUUUUUACUUGGCGCAAUAAUAACUAUCGUAUUGAUGGCUAUAUCCGUGAAAGGCUUGAUAGAGUGGUGGCUAAUGCUGAAUGGUGUAUGCGAUUCCCAGGGUACAAAGUUGUCAAUGGCUGUCCGGAGCAUUCCGAUCACCGGCCUGUGAUUCUACACGUUGAUGGUGCGCACAAGAAGCCCCGGCCACAACCAAACAAUCUAAACAAACGUUUUGAAGCUCGAUGGCUGUUAGAGGAGGAUUGUGAGAAGAUAGUAAAAGAGGCUUGGCAAAUGGCAAAAGAGAAUGGGGAUAGUAUGGUGGCCCAGCUCAUUAAAGCGGUGUCCAAGGAUUUAGAUACCUGGAGCAGAGAGGUGUUGGGCGACCUACAGCAGCGCAUAAAGAACUUGAAGGCUGAGUUGGAGAAAUAUAGGCAGGCUGACCUAACUGAGGCAAACAUCAGAAAGGAGCAGGUGGCUCGGGCAGGAGCUGGAGCUAACCACAACAGAGUGUUACAAGAUGUGGAGCCACGAGUUACAGACCAGAUGAACGAGAUGUUAGGUAAGGAGUACACUCCGGAGGAAAUCAAGAAAGCACUUGACGAUAUGGGGGAUCUCAAAGCCCUUGGUGCGGAUGUUAUCGCCAACCAACUCAAGAUGAUCUUGGAUGAAAUUAUCUCUGACAACCAGGGUGCGUUUGUGCCGGGACGGUUGAUAUCGGAUAAUACUAUUCUUGCCUAUGAGCUGACCCACUUCAUGAAACGGAAAAGGAAGGGCAAGGAUGUUUACAUGGCACUCAAGUUGGAUAUGAGAAAAGCAUACGAUCGUGUCGAGUUCCUCGAAGGGAUGAUGAGGAAGAUGGUGUUCAGGGAGGAGUUUGUGCAACUGAUCAUGAAGCAGGGGGAUUCUAUCUCCCCCUACCUGUUCCUUCUGUGUGCGGAAGGGCUGUCAGCGAUGCUAAACAAAGCUGAUGCGGAGAAUCAGAUUAAAGGAAUCAAACUUGCACCGACGGCACCGCGACUUAAUCAUCUGCUCUUCGCAGAUGACUCGUUACUAGUCCUAGAAGCUACUACCCAAGGAGUACAACCUAUCAACUCCAUAUUACAUGAGUACGAAGAGUGCUCUGGCCAGGUGAUUAACCGAGAAAAAUCUUCAGUGAUGUUCAGCUCCAAUGACAAGCAGUCUUGCAAGAACUUGCUCUUGCAAGAGCUCCAGCUGGGAAGCGAGUCCACGGAAGGGAAGUACUUGGGUCUACCAACCUACAUUGGGAAGUCUAAGAAGAAAUGUUUUGACUAUAUCAAGGAACGUAUCAUUGGUAGGCUUCAGGGGGGAUGGGAUCGUUGUCUCUCUACGGCUGGCAAGGAGAUAUAUGUGAAAGCCGUUGCUCAAGCUAUACCCACUUAUGCCAUGGCCUGUUUUGAUCUGACUAAGACAUUGUGUGAUGAGAUAAGCCAGCUGAUCUGUUAG